AUGUCUGACUACUCCAAGCUCCCGGCCGCGGCUACGUUGGCCGUCCGUCCAUUUACCGCACGCGCGCCCGAGGAAAAGGUACAGCACUUUCAGCAGCUCCUCGCCCUGUCGCCCAUCGGUCCCGCCGUCUUCGAAAACACGCACAACGGGCGCGCAUAUGGCAUCACCAGAGACUGGUUGCAAGACGCGAAAGAGGCAUGGCUGCGAAAUUUCGACUGGCGCCGAUGCGAGGCGCGCAUAAACUCGUUUCCCAACUUUCAAGCCACGGUCGAGGACACGGACGGCAACACCCUCGACGUGCACUUUAUGGGCUUGUUCUCGGAGCGCGCUGAUGCGAUUCCGAUUGCCUUUCUGCACGGGUGGCCAAGCUCGUGCAUCUCCUUCAUGGACAUAUUGGAUCUGCUCAGGGAAAAGUACACGGCGAGAGACUUGCCGUACCAUGUCAUUGUGCCGUCGCUGCCGGGCUAUGCCUACUCGUCUGGGCCACCCAUGGACAAGGAGUUUGGACUCGUCCAAGCCGCGGGCGUUGUUGACAGCCUCAUGAUUGGCCUGGGCUUCAAAGACGGCUAUUUGGUGCAAGGCGGUGACUUGGGAAGCUUCCUUAGUCGCAUCUUGGCCCUGACGUCCGACUCCUGCAAAGGCAUGCACGUCAAUAUGAUGACUAUCCCCGGUGGACAAGAACCAGGGGAUGACUUGGAAAAAGCCGCGCUCGAGAAGGCGAAAGAGGCCGUCGAUACGGGAAUGGCGUUUGCUCUGGAGCAGGGCACACGGCCGGCCACAAUCGGCCUUGCUCUAAGUGCCAGCCCUCUCGCACUACUUAGCUGGAUUGGUGAAAAGAUGCUGGCGUGGACCGACCAAGAUCCUCCUCUGGAAAAGAUUCUCGAGACGGCCACCCUGUACUGGAUGACAGACACCAUCUCCCGAUCCUUUUGGCACAACCGAGCCAUGGCCGGCGACGGGGAAGAACCAAAGAUGGCUCGCCUCUCCGUUUUGAUAUGUCGCACGGAGCUCAAUGUCUGGAUUGCCGCCGAAUUUGACUGGCAGCCACAUGGCCAACAAGUAUUCAGCCGAAUGGUUGACGCUGCCAAGCAUGACAGCUCGCCAGUCAACCUUCAGGCAAAAGUCGAUAUGACACUUACACAGCGCCGGAUCCCGAAAAUUGGAAACGCAGACAUGAGCAAGUAUAACAUCAACGAGUCGCUGCUAGUACAAGCCGCCUUUGAGCCAAAGACGUACACGAUGACUCUUGAGAAGGGAACCUUUUUGAGCCCCUGCGACGCUCAGUUUCCCGAGUACCUGACGGAGCACACGCCGAGGUUCCAGCUUCGUCUGACGUUUGAUACGUCGCCAUACCCACCGCGAUGUGAGUGGCAGAAGCCGCAGGAGGGCCCGGAUGCGAUCAGGUUUUGGGAGUGGAAGCAGUUUUGUGGGCGGAAUCACGUCUGA